GUGCGAAAUGCAUUUUUCAGUUCGUACGUAAAUCUAAUUUAUUAAUUUCAUUAUUCAUUUUAUAAUUGAAGAGAUCCAGUAUAAGAGUACACAACUCAAGUGUAUUUAUUUUCUAGUCUUUUUUACUUAUCGGAUAGUCUGAAGAAUUUGAUAUUGUGAUAAUAAGUUAGGAUGGUACAAAACGACAGUUCAAACUCCGGUGACGAGAGUUCGGUACCAAUUAUUAUACCUGAAAAUCCGGCUAAAGGGAUUCCGACGGGAAAGUACCGUCUCGUGGGAUGGGGUAUCGACACCACCGGUCGCCGGCUUAUUGACGAGAUCAUCCAGAUCGCAGCCUACACACCGGAUUCCAAAUUUUCUCAGUAUAUCAUGCCCUUCGGGGAUUUGAACCCCACAUACAGUAGGAGACAUGGAAUCAGGGUGGUCAACACCAUACGCUACAGACGUCUAAGGGAUAUGAACACGCAGGAAUACGUGAAGACAAAGAGCGAGGUCUCUGCUCUUCAGGACUUUUUGCAAUGGUUGGAAACCAUCAAAGGUGAUGGAGUUGACGGGAUCAUUCUGAUUUACUACGAACUCCGCAAGGCUUCUCCUGGAAUGCUUCUGGAAUCGCUAAGAAGAUAUCAUAUGAUUGAAAGGUUCUCGAAAGUAGUAAAAGGCUUCGCCAACGGCUUCAAUAUAGCGCAGGCAAAGUGUGCCAACACCACCAAAUCGUUCAACUUGCACGUGAUGUCCAAGGUGCUACUAAACAGAGGUGCGGAGCACUUUAACAGCGCCGUAGACCGCGCUCGUGCCUCCUUUGACAUUGCCGCCCAUUUGGCCCAAGGAGAAAGGACGGAUUUGGAGGGCGAGGAAGCUACCAAGGAGUAUGCAGGCAACGAGUCUAAUUUGAUAGACGUUGUUUGUCCUUAUGUCAAUCCGAUCGAUGCCGAGGAAGAUGAAGUGGCCGUUUUUAAGGUAUUAUUAGAAAGACAAAAUACAUUCCGACCGGUGUUCGGAGCUCUGCUGCGGGCCAGCCGAUCCGAAAGACAACACGCCAGCCAUUUGCGGCGAUUACUGGCUGAAAACAACAUCAACUACGAAAAACUAAAAGUUGCCUAUGAAUCUGACGCUAAGGACGGCUUAGAAAAAGUGAUCAAGAGCGAGGUGGCGAACGCUCAGGACAAGGACCUCGAGGAGUUGCUCGAGAUACUCGAUUGCUUCUUCGAUCCCGACAAGAAGGCCAUCCAGCCCAAGCCGAAGCCCAGUCCGCAACGCUACCCGUACCGCAGGCGGAACAACAAAUUCGUGCGGAACAAGAGCUCCGCUUCGGAGUCGCAGAGUCCGAACACGACGACCAAUGACAAUCCCACCGCUAGCGAUCAGACGUCGCCGAGGAGCGAUUCGGAGCAGCCUCAAGAAGCGGCGGCUGUCGUCGAGACUAAGGAGGCUCCGGUGACGCCGGAGGUACCACAGCAGACGCCGGUGGUGGCUCAAUGAGUGCCUUGAAGCAUGUGCUGAAGAAUUUUUCUAGUGGAAGAUUUUUUGUUCAAGGCAAUUUAGUUCUCACCAAUUGUGACUCAGCAUCAGUGAACUUCAAACUACUACUAUUUGUACUCUUCAAUUUCUGUUACACUUGCUGAAAGUUAAUAAUUAAUAUUUGGAUGUUUAAAUGGCAUUUUUUGUACACAGAAUUAGGUUAUAUUUUUUUUGUAUUUUUGAGGCAAUUUUUGAAGUGUGAUAGGUUUAUUUUUUAUUUUAUCAGAACAUGUUUUAAUUUUUGUGAUAGUGAUAUGAUUAUGUAUUUUGUAACAUUCAUUGAGGAUUGUUUGUUACAUACCUGUUAUUAA